GCCUGUGGGAUGUUGCGUGGAUGACGGAAAACGGACAAUACAUUCCCCAAAAAGCUGAACCUGCGCAUCUCUGAGGAUCCGGACAGGGCAUUCGGACGGACGGUGAAGACACCGGGAUGCGCGUGUGAUGUGCGGACCGCGGUACGCGAGCAGCAGCGGAGGGGCAGCGCCGCCGGGAGUGGAUGGACGAGGUGCCGCCGCCGCUGGAGCACGGAGCAGGAGAAGGAGGAGGGGGGGCGCGGUGGUCUCGCGGUGGUCUGCGCUGUUGUUCUGAACGGCUUUUUUCGGGGUUUCGCAACACGCGGGUUCGGUUGGACGGCUCGUGCUCUUUUGGAACUGAAAGCGGCGCGCGCACGUGAGGGCAACGCGAGCCCGGGGACCACCACUGAUCCCACUGACACCAUCAAUACCACUACCACCGACCACCAAGGGCACCGCGACCAUUAUAGCAAGCCCGGCUGUGUUAUUGUUUACACGCGGUUGGUGGUAGAACGUUUCUUGAACGUUACAACUUUUUGAUUUACAGAAUCUUAGCUAAAUCUGUAACGUUUUUUUUAACGUUAUCGAAACGUUUUUUUUUAUUAUUUAAAGCUUGUGUUAAACGUUCUGGCAGCGUUGCUGCAGCGUCACUGACACUUUUGUACUUUUCGUUUAGGGAACGUUACUUUAAUGCUUAUCGUUUCCAUAUUGGUUAGUUUGUACAGCUGGAAAACGUUAUCAGAACGUUCCUGCAGCAUUAUUUCCCUAACGCUUUAGGCAAAUCUGUCAUAUUUCCUAAAUGUUCUUGAAACGUUCUUAAUUAACGCUUUUUUUUUAACGUUUUUGGAAUUUGGGAAUGUUGCUUUAAUGUUUAAUGUUCCCAUAACAUCAGUCAGUGUGUCCAGCUGAAAAACGUUAUUGUGUGAGAAACGUUUUAAUAACGUUAUAAUGCGAACCAUUAUUAUGUCACACAUAAUCAACGUUAUCUUUUUAGAACAUUUAUGUAACGUUAGAAGCUAAUCUUCUGGCAACCUUUUCAGAAACAUUGUUAAACGUUCUUAUAACGUUCUCUGUCAGCUGGGGAGACGGUGGUCGUCGGUUCUGAAUGGACCCCUAAAAGAACGCGUUUGUGCACGAGAUAGGAGGUGCACUGGAUGCGAGAAGAGCGUGCAUUUCCAUUUUCUAUUAACCUGUGAUUGUGGGAUGUGCAGGAACCGAGAGAUAAACAAACAAAUAAACAAACGGGCGAACACAUAAACAAACCGCGUGCGUGCGUUUGGCUACCUGAAGCCGUCAAUGUGCGUGCGUUACGCCGUAGCCGGGCGGAGGGCGGGGCCGGGGAGCGCGUGGCUGAGGAGUGAGUGUGUGCGCGUGUGUGUGUGACAGAGAGAGGCAGAGAGAGCGCGCGCGGAGAGAGCACGAGCUCCUGCUCGGCCGGUGAAGGGGGUCCACACUGGAGGACUGGGGGUCUUCUCGUGCAGCAGGUCUAUAGUGACCAGUUCACGGUUGGUGGUCUAUCUGUCAUCUCACGUGCAGCAGCAGACAGUGACGGUAGAGGAGAUUCACACAGGACACACAGGACUGUACACAGACUCAGAAGAGGAUGAGCAGGAGGCUGUGAGCGUCCCACGCUCGGCCAUUGUGGAGGAGCACGAGCUCCAGCAGCACUGACAGGAAAGUGCCGAGGCACUCACUGAGCCAUGAAGAGAGCCCGGCUGGAGAGAGAGAAGAAAUCGCCCUUCAUCACUUUCAGCGGACGACCAGGCGAGGAAGACGAGCUCGGACUAUCGCGGGUAACGCAGCAGAGGGCCGGGGCUGCACUGUAGUCUGAGGGACACUUGGAGGGAACACCACGGGGGCGGGAGGCAGAGAACCAUAUCUUCUCCUUCUAAUGGACAAGCAGACGGGGCAGCGAUGCUGGUGCUUGGGCCCCUGCCCACCACAAGCUAUGCUUUGGCCUGUGUGCCUUGUUGAAGCUCCCAGCUGGGCACUGGAGAGCUGAAGGGCGUGAGAGAGAGAGCCGGUCCCAUGCAGGCACGCAAGAAGUACGUGCUGCUGGGCCUGUGCACGUGCUGCUGGCUGCUGCUUUUCUACUGGGGUGGCCUGCAGGAGCGCCUUCUGAGCUUUCUGACCCGCCGGCAGGGCGAGGUUGUGCGGCCGUGGCCCGACUGGCUGGACCGGGCCCUGUUGCCAGGCUAUGCGGAGAAUGCGGAGCUGCAGGAUGGAGGGGGGGCCGGCGAGCCCCCGCGUCAGCGCCGGCAGGCCUGGGCCAGUAUUUAUAAGGACAGUCGGUGCAGGAUGGACACUUGUUUUGACUUCGGCCGCUGCCGGGCACGAGACGGGUUCAGGGUGUACGUGUACCCACCCGAGAAGAAUGAGCGCGUCUCGGAGAGCUACAGAAAGAUUCUGGCAUCAGUGGCCGAGUCCAGGUAUUACACUUCGGACCCGCGCGAGGCCUGCUUAUUUGUGCUGGGCAUCGACACACUGGACAGGGACCAGCUGUCUACACAGUUUGUGCAAAACGUGGACGAGAAAAUCCGUGGCUACCCGCUUUGGAACGACGGGCGCAACCACGUCAUCUUCAACCUCUACUCGGGUACCUGGCCCAACUACACAGAGGACCUGGGCUUCAACGUGGGCCAGGCUAUCCUCGCCAAGGCCAGUCUGAACACAGAGCACUUCCGGCCAGGGUUCGACGUCUCCAUCCCCCUGUUCUCCAAAGACCACCCGCAGAAGGGCGGAGAGCGGGGCUGGCUGCUGAGGAACACCGUGCCGCCCAGGCGGAAAUACCUGCUGAUGUUCAAGGGGAAGCGCUACCUGACGGGCAUCGGCUCGGACACUCGAAACGCGCUGCAUCACAUUCACAACGGCAAGGAUAUCGUCUCCUUAACCACCUGCAAACACGGGAAAGACUGGGAGAAACACAAAGACGCGCGCUGUGAUCACGACAACCAGGAGUAUGAGAGGUUCGACUACCAGGAGCUGCUCCACAACUCCACCUUCUGCUUGGUGCCUCGAGGACGUCGCUUGGGAUCCUUCCGUUUCCUGGAGUCGUUGCAGGCCGCCUGCAUCCCAGUGUUGCUCAGCAACGGCUGGGAGCUGCCCUUCUCUGAUGUCAUCCAGUGGAACCAGGCAGUCAUCGAGGGAGACGAGAGGUUGCUGCUACAGGUGCCCUCAACAGUGCGGGCCGUGGGCGUGGACCGGGUGCUGGCUCUGAGGCAGCGUACUCAGAUGCUCUGGGAGGCCUACUUCUCCUCUGUGGACAAGAUUGUUCUCACCACGCUGGAGAUCAUCAAGGACAGAGUGUACGCUCACAUCUCCAGGAACAAGUUCAUGUGGAAUUCCCUCCCCGGAGGUCUAGUAGUGCUGCCUGAAUAUUCCACUCACCUGGCCCACUACCCUUUCUACUACCUGAGCCUUGGAAUCAGCCCUGGCCAGGAGUUCACUGCUGUAAUCCAUGCCACCUCUCCUCUGGUGUCACAGUCUCAGCCAAUCAUGAAGCUUCUGCAGGUGGUGUCCAAAUCAAAAUACUGCUCACAGAUCAUCAUCCUGUGGAACAGCGAGAAGCCGCCCCCUCACCGGAGCAAGUGGCCGCCCAUGCCAGUGCCGCUCGUCGUCACAGAUGGCAGAAGGAAAACCAGCAGCCGCUUCCUGCCCCACGUCAGCAUCGACACUGAAGCGGUGCUGAGCCUGGAUGAAGACACAGUGCUACUGACCAGUGAGGUCAAUUUCGCCUUCCAUGUGUGGCAGAGUUUCCCUGAGAGGAUAGUAGGAUAUCCUCCUAGAAGUCAUUUCUGGGACCCUGUGAAGAAAAUAUGGGGUUACACCUCGAAAUGGACGAAUGAGUUCUCAAUUGUGCUGACUGGAGCAGCCUUCUAUCACAGGUAUUACCAUUACCUGUUCUCUCACUAUCUGCCCCCUUCGUUACGGGCGCUGGUGGACCGCACCUCAAAUUGUGAGGACAUCCUGAUGAACUUCUUGGUGUCAUCAGUGACACACCUGCCACCCAUCAAGGUGGCUCAGAGGAAGCAGUACAAAGAGAUGCCUGGUCCACAGAGCACCAACAUGGCUCCGUGGGCGACCCCUGAGCACUUUAAUCAGAGGCAGGACUGUGUCAACACCUUCGCUAGCUGGUUCGGCUACAUGCCCCUGGUGCACUCUCAACUGCGCCUAGACCCUGUUCUCUUCAAGGACCAUGUGUCUGUACUGCGCAAGAAGUACAAAGACCUUGAGCGUGCCUGAGCGAGCGAGCUAGACAGACAGACGUUUGCUCAAACAAUAAGACAUAAGGCUAGACAGGGAGGAGACGCUGAUGGACAGACGCUGCUCUCAUAGUGGAAAACAAACACAUUUGCUAGCCUUGGCUGAGGCCUCCUGCCCAGAGUGCCUGGAAGGGUCAACCAGUGGAGCAAAAGGGCCUACCAGCCCUAUCUUUGACUGAAUCUUCUUCAUUUUAAAUGGACAGCACAGUGGAUAAGCUUUAUCCAAGCUUGAGUGCUUGGAAAAACUAUGGAUUUGUCCAGCUGCCGUUUUUCUUGGUUGGAGAGCUUUGACGUUAGCACCUAGCACGAUGCUAAUUGUACCAUGGACUAACACAUUUCAGUGUGCCAGAGGUGUCACAAAGGGAUUGACUUGAUCCACCAAGUUGUAACUACAUGACCAAUAAAACAGUACUGAAAUGCA